AUGAGCAUUGAAACUGGUAAAGUUGAAGUAGUUUCAAGUCCAGUGUCACGAAUUGCUUCUGGCCUUGCAUUAGGACCUCAAACAUUUACAUAUCAGGAAUUAACAUUGGCAACAGAUGGAUUAUCAAGGUCAAAUUUUCUGGGCGAAGGCGGUUUUGGCAUUGUCCAUAAAGGAGUCCACCCCAGUAUGAAUAAUAAAAGUGUUGCCAUUAAGCAGCUUAAAUCCACAAUGGAAGAGGCAAAGAGGGAUUUCCAGUCUGAGGCCGUGAUCAUUAGUCGAAUCCAUCACAAACAUCUUGUUUCACUUGCUGGAUACUGCGUUGAUGAAGUUCACAAAAAGGUGAUGCUUGUUUAUGAGUAUGUCCCAAAUAGAACCCUAGCGCACCACCUGCAUGGAGAAGGCACAACACAUGUAGACUGGGAAACAAGGAUGAAAAUUGCUGUUGGCUCUGCGCAAGGAUUGAAAUAUCUGCAUGAAGACGGAAGACUUUCCUUGUUCAAACACCCUCUGUGUUUGUACAAGGAGAAAAUUAAUAAUAUGGUUGCAGAUUUUGGACUCGCCAGAUUGCUAUUAGAGGCCCAUAUCAUGACUCAAGUGAUGGGAAAUCAGGGGUACAUUGCUCCAGAAUUUGCUGUGAGCGGCAAUUACUCUGAGAAGUCAGAUAUAUUCUCCUUUGGCAUUGUGCUUUUAGAGCUGAUUACAGGACGACAACCUGUUAAUGAUCGUGAGAAGUACCCGAAAUGUUUGUAUGAGUGGGCGACAACGUUGUUGUCGGAAGCUUUGAGAAACAGAAACUUUGAGGAGCUUGCUGAUGCCAGGUUGCGAGGAAAGUAUGACCCGGGAGAGAUGUUUCGAAUGGUUUCUUGUGCUGCUAAUUGCGUCCGCCAUUCAGCCGAGCGUCGUCGUCGAAUGAGCGAGGUAAUUCGGGCUCUAGAAGGCAAUAUUUCUUUGGAUGAUCUGAAUGAGGGGAGGACACCUGGGCACAGCAGAGCAUUUAGAUCCCGCUCAAGUUCUAUCCUUCAGUUUCAAUACUUUGUAUCAAACGAUACCUAUGUGCCUUUGAAAGUUCGGGUUAUGUACAAUGGUGAAUACAGUGGGCCCAGUAGCGAUUAUGGUCAACAACAUUCUGCCGCAAGCAGUUCAGGCCUGCAAAAUACACGAGAAAUAACGGGGAAUGUGGGACGGGAGAUUGGCUGA